AUGCCUCCUCGAAAUGGCGUCGCAAAGCGAGGAAAUCCGCGUCGUCGCAAGAUUGCUUUAGCUUGUGAGGCGUGCCGUGAGAAGAAAGUGCGAUGCGACGGCCAGAAGCCGAUCUGUGGGCCCUGCGCUCGGCGCUCCUAUACCAUCGACCGAUGUGUGUACAAGCUGGACAAUGCCCGUUCGGCCAGCAACGAUGAAUAUCUCAAGAUCCUCCACAAUCGGAUCCAAGAGCUUGAAGAAGCAUGUUCUCAAGGGGGUGUUGGUAUACCCCCGGCUUCUUUGGAUGACCCCGAAGAAGGGGGAACGGGACUGGACCAUGUGGAAGAGCAAUCCGCCGCGCUCCACGCCGGCGAUGCAGAAUCUAGAACCUCUGUUGCGGUGGAAGGUCUGCUCGGCUUGGGCUCGACUCCUGGACUCUCGGGACAGGAUCAAUCGCCCGCAACACCUUCGCAAAUCUCCUACCCAGCACACAGGAGUAGGCCGUCGUUUCUUUCAUCUCGAUCCCACGCGGAAGGAGCAGAGCCACAUAGUGGUGAUUUGGUCCACUACAAUCCCGCCCAGUCCCGCACUACCAACGCCUAUCAGUCCCCCUCGCUCAACUCCCAUGGCCAUGUCACAGCAAUGGGCGCAAUCUCGGUAGCCGAGGACGGCGAGGGCACAGACUCACCCCAAGAACCGUAUUACGGGAACUCCUCCGCCGCAUCGUUCAUGCGACUAGCAAAAUACUCCAUGCCCGUGCGCUCGUACAUGCAAGCCUUGCAACGCAGCAAGAACAACCCCAUCUGCAGCGAAACAGGGCUGUGGCAGGACUUGAAGACCGACUCUUCGGACUUCCAAUUCGCCGACUUCUCUCUUCCACCACGGCCCCUGGCUGACCAUCUGCUCGAAUGUUACUGGGACCGGGUGUACUGUCUGUACCCAUUCUUCCACCGACCAAGUUUCGAGCAGGCGUAUGAAAACCUCUGGGGAUCGAGCAAAUGGCCCAAACCCGGGUUGCCCGAACUCAAUAUCGGACUCGGGGGCGCAUAUGACUCCGGUCCCGACUCGAUUGUUUUUCAUUGUGCGCUGAAUGCUAUCUUUGGAUUGGCGUGCCAUUUUUCGGAUAUUCCCGCUGCGGAACGGGAGACAACGGCGUAUACUUUCUUCCUUCGCUCGAAGCGGUUUAUUGGGCUCGAUAUGCUGGAUAUCGGGACUAUCGGCGUCGUGCAGACUUUUUUGAUUGUUGCGCUUCUUUUGCAGAGUACCCCGUACCCGAAUCGGUGUUGGAAUUCGAUUGGGGUGGCUUGUCGAGUUGCCCAGGGUCUGGGAUUGCAUGAGACGGCAACCCAGAUCUCGAUCAAGCCUCUUGAAAAGGAGAUUCGGCGGCGCACCUGGCAUGGAUGUGUCAUUAUGGAUAUGAUCGUGAGCAUGACAUUUGGGCGGCCGAGCAUGACCUCCCACAUCUCUCCCGUUCCGUUACCUGCAAUGGGAUCCGAGCCAAAAUCCGAGGACCCUUGCGCGCUGAGUGGACAGCCUUGCGACCACAGAUUGGGAUACAUGACAUUCUACGUCUCCACCAUAAAGCUAUACAAGAUCCUCGAGUCAAUUCUGUCGGACAUCUACAAUGCCUGGCAGAGCCGAUCCAACAGCAACCGUCCUACCUCUCCGCGAGAAACCAGACCCGGCAGCCUGGACGUCCUCAUGGAACUCGAUGACAAGCUAUCGCUAUACGAGGCGAGUGUUCCCCACAUGCUGAAUUGGACAAACGCACGUCCGCGACUCGGUGCCGGCUGCCAUCAAGGAUCGAUCUUUGAACGUCAGAAAAAUGUACUACGCGCGAGGUUCAUUCAUCUUCGUCUUCUUCUAUAUCGCCCUAUGUUCUCCCAACUCUGUUCCAAUGAACGAAUCAGCACCUCGCGCCGGGCAGGUCCCGACUCUAGAGACAGACCCGGCUCGCCUCGCGUCGAGCCGAAUAUCAUCUACUCCUCUGUGUCUUCGAAAUGUGCAGCUGCUUGUGUUAUGGCGGCUGUAGAUCUGGUUUCGCUUGUUCACAUGACAUAUCAAACCACGGCGACUGACGCGUGGUGGUAUAAUGGGUUUUAUACAUCGACCGCAGGAUUCAUCCUGAUCAUGUCAUAUUCCUGCCGAGCAAUCCUCGACCAAAUCGACAUCCGCGCCGUAGACGACACCUGGCGCAAGUGCGAAGAGAUUCUAGGAUACAUGGCUUCAUUUAGCCUGUCGGCUCGGAACUCGCUGCAGUUUCUGCAGGUGACGCACCAGCAUAUCGCGCAGCAUUACUCUGGGACUUCUCGCUCUGAUCAUCCAGCCCCCGCUCCUAAUCAGUCACAGCAGAGAACGAGUUGUCACUCGAGUCGGCCUGGGUUUGCGACUCAGCCUGCUGAUGUUGUCUCGGAUGACCCCAGUCCAGAGUAUUCGGACCCCGGAGGUCCCAGUGUGAAUCCCUUCAUGUCUUGGGAUGAACUGGGUCUGGGGCAGGAGGAGUUCGGAUUUCUGGGGAAAUUCGAUCUGCCCGAUUUGGCGAGCUGGUUCGCCGAUGUGCCACCUUGA